GUUUCGCUCCCACACCAACGGCACAACAUCAUUUUUACUUCAUAAAAUAGAUUUACUGGUAGUAAGUAAGAUACCAAAAGUUCGGAAAUUGACACCUAGCCCAUUUUGUGUAAUCGGUGUUGAAAGCCGGUACUAUUUUUCAGUGAGGCGCAGUGAUAUCUAGUGGGGAGUGGCGCGGUUUUGGUCACAUGGACCAAUCAGGUAGCAGCUUUAUUCUAACAACAUACCUGCUAUGGCGACGACAACAUCCGAGAGUGAAGAGGAACGAAAGACCUCAAAAGUUAGAAAAAAAGUGCGUAAAGAGGAAAAUAAAAGAUGCUAUAUGCAUCUUUCAUCUGUGAACAAUGAGGACGUCCAGCACUUCACUCGGACACGGUGGGACACAUACAGAAACUAUUUAAAACAGUGGCUUUGUCUGCAAGACCAGAACAAGCAUCUGGCAGAAAUCUAUAAACAUUGCUCGGAUGUAGAUUUUGACGCUAUUCCUGACGUCGCUGGGUUUCACGCAACAUGCUACCGACGUUUUACAGAUAAAUCUGCAUUGUUUUAUGCCGAGAAAAGGACCGCACGGGCGGUGGGAGAACCAUCUGCAGCCGCAGGUCAGUCAGCAGGCACGUCUGAAACUCCCCGAAAGAAACUUCGAUCUCGUUCAGGUUUGCCCGUUGCUUCUGCCGGCCCCGUCCUGCCAGCCAUCUGUAUAAUUUGUCAAAAAGUGGAAAAGUACACUCGUGUGGGAGGAAAACGCCAGAGGGAUCAACUCACACAAGCAGAAACCGUGUCGGCAGAUCUAGACCGCUCACGGAUUCAUGCCGAUGAAGAAGCUGUGACCAGAAUAAGUUCCACCAUUGAUUCCAUGCUGAACCCAUUUGACUUACACCAAGAUGGCAUUGUUUGUCUUAGCUCAGGGACAGUAGCAUCUGAAGGGGUCAAGAAGGAUUUGCUUGCAGCACCAGAAAGGGGGGAAGAAGCUGUCAAAGUCUUUAUUGACCAAAGACUGUUAACAAAAUCAGUCGACAUUUUUGCCCCCAUCAAGGCUCAAAAACUGAAGACCUUUAGUGACCAGGCAAAAACAAAGACAAAAUCUGCAGCAGCCAAAGAUGUCAUUCUGCGUGCAGACAAGAAACUUUUCUCCAGGCUACUCAUUAUUGGUCAAAGUAGAAAGGUAGACCUGAGGCAAAUUCUGUCCUACUCCUUGGGAACGGUUUCAUAUCCCUUAGCCAGUACUGAUGGGUCACUUGCUAAAACAGACAAAUCUGCCUUGAUGAAUAUAUUGGAGAACAAAGACAAAGACUGCUUAGUUCAGCAAGUUCCGUCAGAUGGAGCUAUUCUCUUCGAUGGCAUGGCAGUCAUUCAAGCCAUGCAUUCCAAACCAGCUACCUUUGGAGAGUUGGCUGACAACUUACCCCAGUACGUGGUCAAGAUAGCUCUGCAGCACAAGUGUACAAGGAUAGACUUUGUCAUUGACCAGUAUCCAGAAAUCAGUAUUAAAAACCUAGAGCGGUCACGGAGAGCUGAGGGUGGUACACAACAGGUGCAGAUCUAUGGACGGGAUCAGAAGGCACCCACACAGUGGAAAAAGUUUCUAUCUAAUGGGACCAACAAAGCAGCACUGGCAGAAUUCCUCUUUGUUGCAUGGCGAGAUGCUGAUCUCACCAUUUUGGGCAGGGACUUCAGCUUGUACAUAGCACAUGGAGAACUGUGUCACUGUGUUACUGUGAAAGAGGGUUCACAAACUGUCAGUGCUGUUCACGAACUGACAUGUGACCAUGAGGAAUGUGACACUAGGGUGUUUUUACAUGCACAGCAUGCUGCACAAGAACAUCAAACUGUUGUCAUCAAAAGCCCUGACACUGAUGUGGCAGUGAUUGCUGUAAGUCUUCAAAGAGCUUUACAGUGUAGCUUGUAUUUUUUCACGGGAGUAGGCAACAGAACGAGGAUCAUAGACGUGGCUAAGGUGGCAGCAGCUCUUGGCAACAGUGUUUGUUCUGCACUCAUUGGCAUCCAUACCUUCACAGGUUGUGACUCGACCAGUGCCUUUCAUGGCAAGGGCAAAAGGAAGACAUUUUCUCUUGCUUGUCAGAAAGACGAAUACCUGACUGCGUUCUCAAAUCUGGGCAGCAGUUUUAACCUUGACCAGUCUACGUUCAAAACACUGAGCAAAUAUGUGUGCCACCUGUAUGGACAGGCAUCUGCCAAAGACGUGAACGAUGCAAGAUACAAAGCAUUCUGUAUGGCAUCGUCAGCUUUGCCAGAACUGUCCAUUCCCCCAACAAGUGAUGCCCUCCACCAACACUGCAAAAGGGCAAACUACCAAGCAGCAGUAAUGCGACAUUCCCUGACUGGUAUGAUGUGUGCCCCUUCACCCAUUGGCAAUGGAUGGUACAUUGAGGAUGGGGAGUUAACAGUAAGAUGGAUGACUAGAAAUCCUGCCCCAGAUAGUGUGCUGCAGGUAGUCCACUGUGGUUGCAAGACAAGCAAAUGUGAAACAGAAAGAUGUUCAUGUAUGUCUGCAAAAAUGUCUUGUACUGAUUUAUGUCACUGCCAGAACUGUGGAAAUGUUUCAAAGGAAACAGAAGAAAGAGGUGCAUGGGAUGAUGACACAGAUGAAAGUGAUAUUGAUGAGUAAUUACGCACCAUGUCACCAUGUAAAAUUUGCCACUUUUGUUUCUUUAUCAAGAUGUUUGAUUAUCGAGAUGCCACACUGCCAUUUUAACGGUAAAGCUUAAAUAAUGUCUGUAUUACCUUUUUUUUCAAAUUUGUUUUGGUCUUUUGUGUGUGUUUGUGUGUGUGUGUGU